GUUUCGAAAAAAAUUAAACUGGAUAUUUUGGAAACUGAAAAAUUUCUUCUUAAUUAUCAAUCUACAUGGAUUAAUAAGCAGUCAUUGGAUAUAUGUUGUUUAGGUUUCAAAAAUUAAAAAACUGGAUAUUUCCAAAACUUAAUAUUUCUUACUUGUAAAACAAGACGGAUUAUUAAAAAAUCAUUGGAUAUAGUUUGAAAUCGUAAUUUGUAAAUGUUAUAAUGCCUCGAGAAGUAUUUGAACGUUACGUUGGACCCAGAGUAAGAGAUAUGAUUGGCUGUCUGUCAAAAGAUAACAUUCACAUGCGUGAAACCGCUGAAAAGCAUCGCAGUUUGGAACAAGACCACCAGGUGGCGGUAGAACAGCUCAAGGUCAAACAGGAGGAGAUAAAGAUGUUGCAAAAGACGCAGGUUGAGACAAGGAGGGAGAACGAGGAAGUUAUCUCAACACUACAGGCAAAAUUACGUGAAUUGGAACGAAAGUACGAACUACAAGCCAUAAAACAUGAAGAGCUUACACUUGAAAUGACUGUUAUAAAACAACAAACAGAACGUGCUAAAAAUGUCAAAAAUUCAAAAUCGGUGUCUUCAAUUGAGAUUCAGACUGAUGAUGAUGUCUUUCUACCUGAUAAAAAACAACCUCGUUUGAUGAAUGGAAUAUCUUCGUUUGAUUCAGAGCCUAGCAGCCGAAAAGAAAAAUAUUCCCGGAAAAUGGCAGAUAGCGGAAGUGAGGCCGAUUCCAUCCGUGAUGAGGUUACAGCGCCAUCUAAAACUGGAACUUCGUCAACCAAUCAACACAAACGACCGAAGAGUCCUUUUGAGCUCUACGUGGCAAGAUAUAGUUACGACCCAUUCCAGUUCUCGCCCAAUGAGAAUCCAGAAGCCGAACUCUCACUCAAUGCUGGAGAUUACGUUUACAUCAUGGGAGAAAUGGAUGAGGAUGGAUUCUUUGAAGGAGAACUGGUGGAUGGACAACAUGGAUUAGUGCCUUCUAAUUUUGUAACCAAAGUUCCAGAUGAGGAAGUUGAAGCAAUUUUAGCCACUCUCGGUCAACAUACAAGUUCAAACAGUAGCCUUAGCAACAGCUUACAACAUGACCUAGAGUUCAAUAGUAGCGAUGAAUCCGAGCGAUUAGCGCAACAACAGGAAGUCAGUAUUAAACCAGCCAUGGUCAUAAUAGAUGACAGUGAUCUUGAAGACAUUGAAGAAGUGGAUGAAGACAACUUGACAACAGAUAGAUCCGAUAUAACUUCCAAUAGUGAAACUAAACAUAAAGGUGUUCCAUAUCCACGUAACCUGAAACUAGAACGUCAGUUGAACAACAGCAUUGUCAUAUCCUGGACUCAUCCCGAGACCAGUCCACAUGUAAUUACUGCUUACCACGUCUAUGUAGAUGACACUUUUAAAACUUCCGUGAAAAGUUCAGAACGUACAAAAGCCCUUGUUGAAGGUGUUACAUCCACAAAGCCACAUAAAAUAUGUGUUAGGAGUGUUACCAAUAGAGGGCAAAGCAAAGAUCCAGAAUGCACUAUUAACAUCGGUAAAGAAUCUUCUCUCGCACCGUCAAAUCUAAGAGUUCGUAAUGUCACCGCAACCUCUGCCUUACUUUCCUGGUUGCCUGGCAACAGUAACUACGUACACACCAUCUAUGUGAACAAUGCUGAAACUAGAAUAUGCAAGCCUGGAAUCUACAAGCAUUCUUUAUCAGGUUUAACACCAGACACUGCUCAUAAAGUUAAGGUCCAAGCUAAGAAUGCCAAAGCCACAUAUGAUGAAGGAAAAGAUAGAAAACGAAGUGAACAGUUAUCUUCAACUAUAGAGUUCAGAACAGAGCCAGGAAGUAUACCAGACCCACCCCUAGAUGUACAAGUUGAACCUGGGCCCCAGGAGGGAACACUUCUAGUCACAUGGCUACCCAUUACUAUCAAUGCCAAGGGGUUCUCAAAUGGUGCUAUAGUGACUGGGUAUUCAGUGUACGCAGAUGGGACCAAAAUUAAAGAUAUAAAUAGCCCAACAGAUGACCAUACAGUAUUACAGUCGGAUGAUUUUGCUGGCCAAAAACCAAAGGAGAUUUACAUGUGUACUCAAAGUCGUGAUGGGGCAUCAGAAAAUAGUUCCAAGGUGACUAUUACUCAGGACUUGAUCAAAGAAAUCACAAAAAAUAACGCAAGAAAUCUUGCAAACGCUGCUGCUGCUAUUGUAAAAGAAAAAUUGGCAAGUACAAUGUACGAAGACCUUUCUGAUGAGGAUGAUACAGAAAAUCUCACAAAUAGUGCUGAUUCUGAUGAGCCUGAGGAAGUCGAAACUUUUGAAAAAUCUUCAAAAAAGACUAAGCCUUCAGUGAAAACUGUUAAUGAAGAUAGUCUCUAUUCAGAAAUAGCACAUGCUUCCAAGGAUUCCAAAAAGAAGAAUUCCACGGCACCAAAAGAAACCCAAUCAAGUUCUACAAAGUUGAAUAAAUCUGCUGAAUUGAGUCACCCCACAGACUUGAGUAAACCAGCAGAGUUGAGUAAACCUACAGAUUUGAGUAGCCCAACAGUCUUGAGUAAUCAAAUCGCUGACUUGCACAUCAAAUCUGGGACUGACUCAACGAGCAGUGAGUUAUCAGAUAUCGAAGAAGUUGAAGAGGAUGUGGAUUUUUCUUCCGAUUUUGAUGUUUCUAUUCCUGGCAUGAGUGAUGAGGAUAAUCCAGUGGCUCCCUCUGUCCAACAAAAUAUGAGGCAUACUUCUGAAGAAACGUCCAGUCCAAAAUCACACUCCAAGCAUCCCCAUCCAUUGAAAACAAGCUCGCCAAAAUCUAGCCAAUCAGCUUCCCAGAAAUCUUCAGCUCCAGAAUCUCCAAGAUCACGUUCUAGAUCGGGAUCUGGGUCGAAAUCUCGAGAUUCUCCUCAAAGAUCUAAGAACGAUUCAUCGAAAUCGCUAACGCCGAGGACUGUAGAUGGUAGCCCGAAACUCGAAGAAACAGGAUUUAAGCCAGUUGUUAGUCCGACGUCUGAUAGGUCACCGAUUACAGAAGAGACACAAAGUCCCCAAAAAACAGAGGAGGAUUUAAGUCCCAUAAAAACUGGUGCUCACAAAGCAAACAUGCCCGUGCCUCAUAUAGAGAUUACUAAAGAUACAAGUGGAAGUCGAACAACGACAAAUGAAUACUCAGACGACGAUUUUGACUCUUAUUCUAAUACGGAUAGUAGAAUCUCAAAUAUGAAUUCCUCUAGAGACAGUCAUGGGGUUUCCUCUGGGGUUUCCCCCAGGGGCAGGGGCAAUCAGCAGACGGAUAAAUAUCAGCCUGAAAUGGACUCAAGAGAUGGUUACCGGGAUACCGAUCCUAAUCCCAGUCAACAAUCUCAGAAUCCAAAAUCCCCGAAUUGGGAUCAAGAUUCAAAACGAGGCUCUAGUCACUAUAGUAACCAAUCAAACAAUAUGGAUACUAGUUCCGGUAAAACGAAAUCUAGAAAAAUGGGAAUUGUGCAGAAUAUGGAUGUGCAAGAUUCGUUAGAGUAUGAUGAGGACUCAUAUGAAAGUGAUAUAGAUUUUACUGAAGGUGAAGUUCGGAUAUUUAUUGCAUUGUUUGAUUAUGAUCCUAAAUCCAUGUCACCGAAUGCAGAAGAAUGCGAGGAUGAACUCCCAUUUAAGGAAGGGCAGCUCAUUAAGAUCUUUGGAGAGAAAGAUCCUGAUGGGUUCUACAGAGGUGAGAGCAAAGGUUGUCGUGGAUACGUACCAUGUAAUAUGGUGUCAGAGGUCGAACCUGAGCUUGCAAAACAACUCCUUAAUGAGAACAUUGAGAUUGGUGGCUAUGAUGAAAAAUCUCCAGGAAUGGGCAAUAAUAGAGGUUAUAAAGAUGGUGCUAUAAACAACCAAAGGUAUGACAAUACACGCAGUAACCAUGACGAUGCCCGAUACAAUGAUCCUAGUUACCAUGGUAACAGACAAUCCAAAGAACGAGGCUCAAAAGGCAGUCCUGUGGUCUCUCCUAGGGGGCACAGAGAUAGCCCCAGGGGCCAACAACGCGAUGAACAAUAUCAUCCCAGAGGUGCUCCCAACCGGGGCCCUAUGGAUAGCCCAACGCGGCAUGUCGAUAGUCCUAGUCACCGCCGCGAUAGCCCUAAUCGAAAUCUUGAUAGCCCUAGUCGACAUAGAGACAGAAAUCCUGAUGAGCCUCUUAGGCAGCAGUCACAUAGGGAUAGCCCUAGUAGGAAUAUAGAUAGCCCUGAUAGAUAUCGUGAUAGUCCAAAUAGACAUCGUGAUAGCCCAAAUAGACAUCAGGAUAGCCCAAAUAGACAUCGGGA